AUGCGGUUUCUUGUUACCACAACCAUUCUUUCCAUUCGUGGCGGGAGGAAAAAGUCCACUUACAUCAGCUUACACGAUCCCCAGUCUGAUCUUUUCGCCCCUUUGUCCAACCAAAAUGAGGUGGAUGUAUGGAUCUGCGACGGCCCAGAAGUCACUGGUGAUCUGAUGGAUCAGUGGUUGGAGCAGUCUAGCCAUAGCCCCAAGUCCUUGCUCGUGAGAGAUGUUGAAGCUAUCACUCGUUUGAGACACCAUGCUAGGGGCCGCUUGUACCACAUCGCCGCCUUCCCUGAGCACGUGGAUGGUCUCUCAAAGAAGGAUUGGGAAGAAGCUGUCCUUCGUGAAGCAGAGAUGCUUUACGCCAGGGCCCGUGCCGAAGCUGAUACUCAACGCGUCAACGACAACAUCGAGACCAAGGGGUCUUCACCUAGCGAAAUCAACGUUUUGCUGAUCGGCGCCGGCAUCAUGAACCUCAUCGCCGCUCAUCUCCUUGCCAAGCGCGGUUACAAAGUUCGCGUCGUCGACCAAGGUCCCGACCCUCGGGCUUGCCAGCUCAAAGACUGGACCGCGCUGGGAGUCACGAGCGGCGGCCACAAUGCCCGCAUGUUCACAAACACCGAGGCGGACAACUACAACGAGCAGGACAGCGAGAUCUACCAAGACAUGCAGUCUAUCUUCCGUAAGACCGUUCGCGGAGGUGGAUGGAGUGUUAAGUCUCCUGAGGAUUUCAACGCCGCAGAGAAUGACUGGGUCAGUGCUUUCGAGCGUGUUCCAGGCUGGAUGGCGGCACACUUCAAGAAAAACAUCCAUGAGGUCAACGUUGAAUCAGGAAAGCUCUGGAGGGAGCUGAUGAAGAACGAGCCUCAGCUCUUCGAGGAUGUCGGGCUUCACGAAGACAUCAUACGCCUGUACGUCGAGGAUGUGGCCUUGGAAGCAUCGGUUGGGCUCAACCAAAACCUUGGGGCUCUUCUGGAGGCACCAUCUCCCCAGAAAUUCUUGGAGACAUAUCCUGUCUUCCGCCCCGCUGCUGCCGCAGACCAUCUUGCUGGAGGCAUCAUCGUGGAUGGUUUUACGGUGAACAUUCACUUAUUCGUGGGCAAGUUGAUCGAUUCCAUCUCCAACCUCGGCGCUGAGUUCAUUUGGGACUGCGAGGUCCAGGCCAUCCAGCGCAACUCUGCCGGUGAGGUGACGGUUUUGAAAUCAGAGAACGGCGACUUGAAGGCUGAUCACUUCAUUUUGAGUCCUGGUACGACCGGAAGCGCACUGCUCCAGGGAACGGCCAGCGAAAAUCUCAUCCAGGGGGUCCUAGGUAUCUGGCUGCAGAUACCCAACCUGGACCCAAAGAUGCGCAACUCGAUGAAAAUCCAUAGAAGGGGACACAAAGUCGAGGAUAUUAACAUCACUGUGGCAAAAGACCGCGAGACUGGGGAAGAUAUCCUUGUCUUUGGCGGCGCAUACGGCUACGUCGGCCUGGGCCGUCCAAACCCAGACUCUCCCGAGAUGAAGGCUCUCUACGAUGAGCUGGAAGAGGUUGCGCGCAUCUAUUUCCCGGAAGGGUAUGCAGUCGCAAAAAGCCGUGGCCCGAAUGCCAUGUACCCUGGGGGACAUCGCAAGUACUGUGUCCGCCCGUUCACGCCUACUGGUCUCGGAGUCUUUGAGAGAAUCCCUACAGCAGGCGGCGGUCAGCUCAUCAUCACCGGUGGCAACAACACGGGAGGCUUUGCUCAGGCGCCCGGCAUGGCCCGCGCAAUUCUACGAUCAUUUUCGGGCGAGCAUGAUCCUGUCCACAUUCUCUUCCACCCAGAUCGUGGCAAAUUGCCUCCCGCAAUCAACUACAGAUCUCGGACCCCGAGCCCGAGCCCGGCCUUGGCAACGAACGAGGCUCUGAAGACCCCGCUGAGGCUGCUCCUGGUUUGCUCGGACGGUCCUCAGCACCGCUACCUGCGAUACCGCCUAGACCAGGCCUUCCCUGGCUACCGUUGUGUUCAAGAGACUAGCGACGGUCAAGUACGGCAGCUGAUGAACAAGGGCCGUGUUGUCGACGCUUGCUGGCAACAGUACCACGGCCUCAGACGCGGCUUCUUCGGUCACGAUGUCCGACGCGCGGCGCACUUUGACAAACUUGUGCCAUCAGACCACGUUUCGCCCGCGCCAGAUCUGGUGGUUGAUAGCGUCAACUGCCGCGCAGUAUGGGAUGCUACCGAGAAGUGGCAGCCGGAACUGACUAUUGUCUCGGGGACCAAGUACAUUGGCAAGAAGUUGAUGGCACGCGCGGGACUGAUGAUCAACAUGCACACUGGCCACUUGCCGGAGUACAAGGGCAACCACUGCGUCUUCUUUGCAUUGUAUGAUGGGGCUGUAGACAAGGUUGCGUCGACCCUGCAUCAGCUGACGCCAGAGCUUGAUGGGGGUGAUGUGCUCGACAGGGUGUUUCCGGACAUUGACCCCGAAGAUAACGAGGAUACGUUGUACACCAAGUGUCUUGAGAAGUCGAUAGAUCGAUGCGUAGAACACAUCAAACAGUUCUCGAAGGGAAAAACACUGGAAUUUGUACCGCAGCAAGCUGGAGGUAGGACGUUUCGGCACCGUGAUCGUACGCCUGGAAAAGAACUUGCGUUGUGGUGGUCACUAAAGGCAGGCGGCUUGUUAAAGUCCACCCUAGCGAGCAAAGAAGUAGAUAGAGCUUAA